AGGAUGUCAACCUUUUCUCUUUACCUUCCAUUGAAUAUUAUAGACAUAUAAGAGACAAUUUAUUAAACUCUCAUUUGCUUGUGUUUUCUGGCAAAGGAGAGUGCUGUUUGGACUGGGGAAUGACACAGACUCGUGAUGGAUUCUGCCAGGAGACCCUGUUUAAUAACUGUGUGUUUAUCAGUACUGGCAGCCACUUGUCUUCCAUGCUCUGGCUCCCCAGGCCCCACCCUGUGGGGUAAGAAAGUGGUGUUCAUGGGCCGUCACUGUGUGUGGCAGCUGGAUAAGGGGUGCGUAGUGCCUCCCCUGGAAGAGCUCAGUGUGUGUGUGCACCUACACCGGGAGAUCGCAACAUCUGAGUGGACAGGCUUUGUGUACAAGGCCCCUGGCGAGAGACAGGUAGAGCUGGGUCUGGCAGGCCGAGGAGGAUUCCUGGUGGCAUGGCUGUUUGGGCAUCAGUGGUCCGUACCAGAGGAUCUGCCCCUGAAAUGCUGGCACAAUGUCUGCCUCACCUGGUCCAGCCACUCCGAGAGGCUCCGGCUCUACAUCAAUGGGAGCAGUCGCCUGGACGCCCAUGUUAACGCCACCCUGCCCCGGCGACUGGCCCACAAUGGCACCCUGACCUUGGGGGUGUCCCAUAACAUAGUGGGUGGGGUGAUGGAGUUUGAGAAUGGAAAGAACUUCCUGGGGGCCAUCAGCCUGUUCAGGAUGUGGGGGCAUGAGCGGACAGCUGAGGAGCUGAGGGCCCAUAGCUGUAUUGAUGGGAACGUGGUGAGAUGGGACAACAACGACUGGGAUUACCAGAUUUGCCUACCUGAAGAUGACACCAACAUCCAGUGUGGGGCUUUCCCCAAUGUGACAGCCUCUCCUCCCACUGUCACCAACACCACUCCUGGUUCACCAACCAGCACUAAUACAUCAGACCCUGUAACCCCUACAGAGACACAGCAACCAUCCCUUGGAUUGCCUGUAAGUCCCACUGGCCUGUCUACAACCAAAGAACCUUCAGACCUCAACUCAACAGGAACAGGCAUUGCAUCCACCUUCUACAGAGUUCAAAUGAAGCUGAACAUGACAAUGACUGUAACUGGCAGCGACCCAGGGGAGACCAUUCAGACGUGGGUUCAGAGAAAGCUUGAGGAAGUCAGGAUGAACGCAUUACAUUUCCAAAUAUUUCAAUCGACUUAUAAGGAAAUUGAUAAAAAAGAAACUCAAAGAGUGGAGAUGGCUGCUGAGCUGAGAAAUCAGAAAAGGUUUAGAUGUACCUUCCAUGUUCAGGAUGCUGAUGCACGGAACGUCAUGACCACUCAGAGACUCAUCAAUGACCUUCUGUCCAGGAUCCAUUUUGGUGGAGAGAUCCAGGUAGACAGCAGAGACGUUCACGUCUCACAUAUAGAUCCAGGGAGCUGUCCUGAGGACACCCAUGAGAGUAUCAGGGGUGUGUAUAUAUGGCCAAUCAAAGAUGCCCAGAAGACAGAAACUAUGAUCUGUGAGAAGAACAGUGGUGCCAGGGCUUCCAGGAAAUGUGAGUUGGAUGGAGUGACUGAGAAGGCCAAAUGGGCUGAGCCAAACCUGAAGGCAUGCAGGCCAAUGAUCACCAUCUCUGAUCUGGACAAUGUCACCGUCACAGCAAACAACUCAGCAGAUGUGGUGGACAUGAUUGAGGACCUCCUGGGUGUCGAGGGGGACCUGAGUGACUCCCAGCUGGCCACCGUGGUCCAGAAGCUGGAUGAGGUUCUGGUAGUCAGCACAGUGACCCCUGCCCUCGGCGAGGACAUUGUCAGCAUAAUCGCUGACAUCCUGGGGUCCAGUUCUAACCUAUCAGCGGUCGCCAACGACAUACUGGGUAUCACAGGCAGCGUUGGGGACCAGAUGGAUUUCCCUGAGGAGUCACAAAAUGUGACCGUCCCCUCCCUGGCUCUCUCCAUGAUCAACGUAGAUCCAGAGCAGUUCCAGGGCCUCACGUUUGGCGUGUCGUCCUUUUCAACUGGCCUUGCUCCAGAGAUCUUUGUCAACCAGACAUUCCUGAGUCAGCCUUGCGACGGCACAGUGGCGUCCAUCUCUCUGCCCCGUGCCCUUCAGAACUUCUUCCCCGAGGGAAACAAAAAAAAGCGAGUUCAGUUCCACUUCUAUGGCACACAGGAGCUCUUCAAGGUGAUGCCAUCAACAACGUAUGAGGAUCCAGAGACCAACUGGACGCUGAAUAGUUACGUGGUGUCUGCCAGUGUCAAUAACAGCAAUGUCAGCAACCUCGGGAAUCCCGUGGUGGUGACACUUACUCACCUCAAGCCCAAAGAGAAAAACGACAAGAUGGAGUGUGUGUAUUGGGACUUCCAGAAGAACAAUGGGAGUGGUGGGUGGGACUGCAACGGCUGUGAGACACUACCAAGCAUCUCCGCUUAUCAGACCACCUGCCACUGUUACCACCUGACCCAUUUUGGCGUGCUCCUGGAUGUGUCCAGGACUCCUAUCAGUGAGGCUGACCAGGAGACACUGAUGGCCAUCUCCUACUUGGGCUGUGGUGUGUCCUCCAUCUUCCUGAGCAUCAGCCUGCUCACCUACGUUGUCUUUGAGAAGCUGCGUCGAGACUAUCCGUCUAAGAUACUCAUCAACCUCUCUGUGGCUCUGCUGGGCCUCAACCUGGUUUUCCUGAUGGACUCUUGGCUGUCCUCCUUCGGCUUCUACAGCCUCUGCAUCACCACGGCAGCCACGCUGCACUACUUCCUGUUAGCCUCAUUCACCUGGAUGGGCCUGGAGGCUGUCCACAUGUACUUCUCUCUGGUCAAGGUCUUCAACGUUUACAUCCCCUCCUACAUCCUCAAGUUCUGCACCCUCGGCUGGGGCAUUCCUCUGGUGGUUGUCAGCCUGGUCCUGGCCAUAGAGAAGGAUGCUUAUGGCAAUGUUCUAUCUGGGGACUCCCUUGACUCUCUACAGGGCUCAGAGCCAUUCUGUUGGAUGCAGAGUAACGUUUUCUUCUACAUCACCAUCGUGGCAUUCGUGCUACUGGUCCUGGUCUUUAACAUGGUCGUGUUCAUCAUGGUUCUGAUCCAGAUCCGACACAUGCAGACCAAUAAUCCUGCAGCUACAGUAAACAAGCGCAGUGUCAUGCAUGAUCUGAGGGCGGUGGCCAGUCUCACCUUCCUAUUGGGUCUCACCUGGCCAAUAGCCUUUUUUACCUGGGGACCGGCCAGGGUACCUAUGCUCCACCUCUUCUCAGUCCUCAACAGUCUGCAAGGGUUCUUUAUCUUUGUCUUCCACUGCCUGAUGAAAGAGAAUGUGAGGAAGCAGUGGAGGAUCCACCUGUGCUGUGGCCGAUUCAGGCUCAAUGACUACUCAGAUUGGAGCCGCUCCGUGACGAUGGGCGGCAGGACCAAGCAAAACCAUCUGGUGCACCGCUUUCCGUCUGUCAAGUCUGUCAACACCUCCUCUAGGAAGAUCUCUGAUGACUCCACUACAGCUAGCGGUAGCUCUUCCCCACCCUACCACCAGUGGGCCUAGUCUACUGUAGCUCCACCAGGGGGCCUAGUCUACUGUAGCUCCACCAGGGGGCAUAGUCUACUGUCGCUCCACCAGUGGGCCUAGUCUAGUUCCACAAAGGGUAUUAACUUGGCUCCACCAGGGGGCCUAGCCGGGCUCACAACAUAGUGCCAUAAUACCACUCACCUGGAACAAUGAGAAACACUUGAGCUCAUGACACCAUAGCAGACACCUAAGUUCAGUCCAUUCUGAAUUACACUGUGAAAAGUCCAGAUACUCGACUGAUUCUAUCUAAAUGACCAGUAUCCUUCCCACGAACUGCUGUAUGUCUCUCUGCAGUGCAGUCUCUCUGCAGUGCAGUCUCAUCAUCCUCGGGAGAUAUUCAUUCAUACUCUAUGUGCAAGUAUUAGCCUGUUCUGUGCUUUAAAGGACGUAAGCUCUAUUAUUAUAGGACAGGGAGGCAAGUAGCCUAGUGGUUUAGCGUUUUGGUUCCAGUAACCGAAAGGUCGCUGGUUCGAAUCCCCAAGCCAACCAGGUGGAAAAUCUGUUUUCUGUACCUUUGAGCAAGGCACGUAACCCUAAUUGCUACUGUAAGUCGCUCUGGACAAGAGCAUUUGCUGACAAAAAAAAAGUUGACUUCAUGUCAGACUAUUGUUGUAGAGUAUGAUCAAUAUUUUGGUACUUUAUGCAUUCUCUUUGUUAAAUUACAUUUCUCUUU